GUUCUCUUUUCAGUUGCCUCGACACCUUUACAAGCCGAUAUAACACCACAAGUAUCUUUCUCUGCUAAACUGAGUUAUAACCGAGAAUUACAACCCUUGGAUACGGUUAUAUUUGAUACAGUGGUUACCAAUAAUGGUGAUGGUUAUAAUUCUGAGAAUGGUAAAUUCACCGUACCAGUAACAGGUACAUACUUCCUCUUUUCAACCAUACUUUCUGGUUACAACACCAAGGUAGAAACAGCAGUAAUAGUUAACGAUAAAGAAGUUGGAAGAAUGUAUUCUGGUGCUCAUGAUGCACAUGGUUCUGGUAGCAAUGGUGUGGUCGUCAACCUACAAUCUGGGGAUAACGUAUGGAUUCGACUUUUGUACCAAGGUGGCACACAUGUUCAUGGUUUCUACACAACCUUUUCUGGAUUCUUAGUCAACGAACGAAGUGUUUAA